AUGCGUACUCGUGGCGGUGGUGCCCGAGCCACCCACAAAGCCCAAGAUGAGCCAGCUCCUAGGGCUCCGGCCCCCUUGAAGCUCAAGAUGGGCUGUCAUCUUGCUCAAGUCAACUGGACCAAAACGCACUUCGAAACCCUGAAACACACUAUUAUGGAGUUUGCUAAUGAUUUCUUACUCGAAAACCACACCCGUGGUCUGUCUGUAACCCUCAAAAGUGUUUUGGGUUACUGGAACCAGCUCGUUUGGAACUUCUACGGCGAGAGAAACCCGACAUGUAAUAAGCUAGAAUCUCAAGCCGAAUCCCCCCACUUUCAUGAGUUUUGCAUCAAAAGUGGAUUGCUUGAAGAUACCUGGGAGAGAGAUGAGGCUGACCGCGGUUUCCGACCGAGUGGGCGUAAAGUCACUCCCAGCGAGAAUAAGAGAUGGCCUGGCGUACUCAUUAUGGAAACAUGCCCUGAUCUCACGACCGUGACCAACGAUCAUCGGGAGUUCUUGAUCCCUCUCAUCGGGCUCCGCGCAUUGAAACAUGUGCUAUACAAGAACUUUGUGCGCUCGGUCCUGGAGGCAAACCUAGGUCUAGAAAUCACAUACUCUGAUAUGCAGCUCCUGUGGGAUGCGAUUGUCCACAAGAGUUAUCAUUUCCACGAUGCGGAUGAUUCGGAGCAAUCGCCGAGUGAGCAGCGGAAGAAGCGGAGGCAAAGGAGUAAGAGGGCACAUCUUUUGAGGCCCGGGCCCACAUCUGGUCUAUCAAGCUACGCGAUUGCCGCAUCUCAAUCUGGCCCCGCCCCAGACGAGUCACCAUCUCAGAAACCAGCAGUGUUUACCAAGGCAGCUGUCCUACGUCGCUCGAGAAUGAUGCAGACGAAAAGGAGCGGUGAAGAAGGUCUGGGGGUACGAGGCGGAUUGGCUGGACGAGGCGUCUUGAAGUCGGAUCGAUGA